CUGACUGUUGCACACCACAGCAAUGCAUUUCUCUGUGCUUUAUCCUGUACUGUUCCAGUAUCAAGUUAACCAUCAGGAACAGAGGAUUCUUCUAAAGAUGGAAUAGCCCGAAGAGCUUAUCAGCAGCACACAAACUUCUUCCAAUGACUUAAGCAAAAGACAUUUCUUACAAUGCAAAUACAUGCUGUACUCUACGUUAUACUAAUGAUCCCUACAAGCAUUGGAUCUAUACUUGCAAACAUACUGCUGCUUCUUAUAUUUGCCUACAACCUGAAACUGCAGACAGAAACGUCAGCAUUGACCUUAAACUUUUGCAUCUGUGAUUUACUCUUGGGGCUCACUGUGAUUCCUUUUGGUGUCCAUAACAGCCUUUUUGGGAUUACAAACUAUACCAAGGACAGUUUUAUUUGCCAGUCCACAGCUUUUUUUUAUAUGCUGCUGCAGCUUGCUUCAGUCCAUUCACUCACUUGGUCCACAAUAGACAAGUUUACUGAAAUCUGCUUUCCUUUGCAUUCUGCUCAACUCUUCACAAAGAAGCGGACUUGGGCAAUACUUUGCCUUCUCUGGAUUUACUGCUUAUUAAAUGCUUCUUUCCCUUUCCUGGGGUUUGGAUCCUACAAAUAUGGCGAAAGGAAGUUUAUUUGCGCUCCAAACUUACAACAAUCUUCCAAGGGUUACGGUGUAGUGCUGAUAGCCAUUGGAGUCAUCAUUCCAAUACUGAUAAUGUGCUCUCUGUACAUUUAUAUUGUUAAAAUUGCAAGGAACCAAGCAUUGCGUGGGACAUUUGCGUGCAAUGAUCAGCACUGUUACUAUGUACCUGCAAACAAUUAUUUCAGGAGAACUAUUGUGCUGAUUUCAACUGCAAUGUGUCUUCUGGUUUGUUGGAUGCCUUACAUUACCAUUAGUUUCUAUGAAAUGUUCACUGGAAACAACAUUGCUCCUCUGACAGAAGUGAUCGCCACAUGGCUGGUACUAUUUACAUCAGCAUUAAACCCGUGGGUCACCAUUAUGUCACAAAAGAAAUAUAGAAAAGCACUACGAGAAAGCUGGAAGAAAUUGAAAGUAUUUCAAAACCCCAUUAGGAACACUCUUUCUUCCUCCAAGGAGAUCAACUUCAAUUUAAAGCCUCAAACAUUACUUCCUGGAAGAGUCACGCUCACCUCUUCGGACAUAAAACAUGACUGGCAGUAGAAUAAAAAAGUAAAAGUUACUUCUGCUACUGCAGGAUCCAGAAGGGGGUGACCUGCAUAUACUGAGCAAAAUGUUCCUACCAGAUGGUGACAGAUACCUGGAAUGCAACUGCUGUUAUUGAAAAUCUGUACCAAUAUCUACAUUAGAAUCGCUAAAUAGUUAUGAUGUGUGUCUUAAUGUGGAAUUGUCAUUGUGGAAGUAACGUUAAAUGACAGAUAACUCAAACUUUCUUACAUCAAAUUUGACACUAAAAUAUAAUUUUUAGGUGUGUGUUUACUUUUGUGCACUACACUACAUGAGAAGAGGAGCUUGCUGAAAGUCUAGUCCUUUUUCCUUUGAAAUUUGAACCUUUUUUUUGGAGGGGAAAGAAUUAAAACCUUGUUUUUACAACUCACUAGUCAUGUUAUUAGCACUCUGGAUCAUUCUUGGUACAUAAUAAAGACAUUACAUAACAUAUAUUGUUGUAUAAAUGUUAUUCUACACAACAGUUUCAUUAGCUCAACCUAGGUUGUAUAAUAAAGGCCUGCACUUACCUGUAUUUACUAGCCUUUUCACUUGUCAUUCUGAGCCUAUACUA